AUGAUCUUUAGCAGAAGUGAAUGGUUAGCUUGUAAAUGGGAGUAUCGUGGUGAGGAAGCAAAGCAGAAGGCAAAGGAAGCAAAGCAGAAGGCAAAGGAAGCAAAGCAGAAGGAAAACGAAUCAGAGGAAGCAAAGCAGGAAGCAAACGAAGCAAAGGAAGCAAAGCAGAGGACAAACGCAGCAAAGCAAAAGGAAUGGGAAGAAAAGCAGAAUGCAUUAGAAGCAAAGCAGAAGGCAAAGAACGCAAAGCUGAAAGCAAAGGAAGCAAAGCAGUUGGAAUGGGAAGCAAAACAGAAGGAAAAACGUAGGGAAGCUUUGGCAAAGGCAAAGGCAAAGGUAAAGGAACUAAAGAAUAAGGUAAGAAAAUUAAAGCAGAAGGAAAUCGAGAGGGAAGCUUGGGAAAAGGCAAAGGCAAAGGGAAUGACAAAGCCACAUUAUAAAUUUUAUUAUUGGAAUUGGAAUUCGAAUAUGCCAAGGGGUUAUUAGUUGUAAAAAAAAAUAUAAAAUAAAGCAUACAUUAUAAUCAUUGCAUGAUUGGGUGAAUGAAUAAUAAUAAUAAGAUUGAUUUUCAAGGUUAAAUUGGGGGUCAAUGUGAGGGAAAUAAAUUUUAGUCUUAUGAACUUUUAAGGUUAAUUUUUGAAAGAGUCUUCUUUUGGAGAUCAACGUGAACGAUUCUUGGUUGAAGAGACGAUAAAGAUACUUUAACA